AUGGAGUCACUAUUGAUGAAGUAUACUUUGUUUUUUGGACAAAUUAGUAGACCAAGACUUUAUAGAUAAGGGGGAAAUAUUUACAAAUAUAAAAGUUAUAUAAGUGAAAGAAAGGAGAGAAUUGCAGGCAGCAGAGCAUAGAAGAGAAGAGGUAUCAUAUAUUUGGGGGGUGGACUUUUUGGUGAAAUAGAGAAUUGAGAUCAAAACAUUAGCAGAAUCAUUGUUUGAUUAAUUCAUCUAUCCAUUUGGCUUUGGUUUGUAAUCAAUAAAGUGAAUGGUUGGGGGUGGAAAUGGAGAGUGGCCUAGUGGUGGUGGGUUUAGUCCUGGUCCCAUGACUUUGAUUUCCAGCUUGUUCGGGGACAACGAUGACUGUAAGACGUUCUCAGAGCUCCUCGCUGGCGCCAUGUUGGAUGUGGAGCAUGGAGGAGGAAGAGCUGCUGGUGGUGGUGGUUUGUUAACAGCUCCACCUCAGCAAGCACAAGGACAAGGCUACUCCAAUGUUCAAAUUCAAUCUGAACAUGCAUUUUCUGUAUCAGUACUACCUACUACUACUACCUCAUUGACACAAGUUCCUGCAGUUACAUUCAAUAACAUUCCACAACAACUGAUACCAAAUUAUGAGGAAUCAAAGACAAAAUCAGUCGAUUAUUCUUCUAACUCAGAACAUAGAAUGCAGCAGUCUUCUUUUGAGAAGGCUAAUGAUGACGGCUACAACUGGAGGAAGUAUGGACAAAAACAAGUCAAAGGUUGCGAGUUUCCUCGAAGUUAUUAUAAGUGCACACAUCCUAGCUGUCCUGUGAAGAAGAAAGUCGAACGCGAUCUUGUUGAUGGUCAUGUUACUCAAAUUAUUUAUAAAGGAGAGCACAUUCAUCAACGCCCUCAUCCUAGCAAGCUCACAAAAGAGAAUUCAAAUGUGCAACAAGAUCGCGUAGAUUAUGAAACAUGUGACAGUGAUGAAGAAGGAGAUAAUGAAACUGAAGUAGAUUAUGAACCUGAUCUCAAGAAAAGAAACACAGAAGUUAGGCUCCUAGAUCCAUCCUUUUCACAUGGGACUGUCUCAAAGCCUAAAAUCAUUGUACAAACAACAAGUGAUGUGGAUCUCUUAGAGGACGGAUAUAGAUGGCGUAAAUAUGGCCAGAAAGUUGUCAAAGGCAACCCAUAUCCAAGGAGCUAUUACAAAUGCACAACUCCAGGUUGCAAUGUUCGGAAGCAUGUCGAGAGGGCUUCAACGGAUCGUAAAGCUGUCAUGACAACAUAUGAAGGAAAACAUAAUCAUGAUGUGCCAACAGCUAAGACUAAUAGCCACACCCUUGCUAGCAAUAAUAGUGCAUCACAACUAAAAUCACAAAAUGUCAUACCCGAGAUGCAUAAUAUGAACAGAAGGGGUCAGCAGCCUUCAACAGUGGCACGUCUAAGGUUGAAGGAAGAACAUAGUGCAUAGUCUUUAUAUUUUAUAUAGGAUUGGAAGCAUGUUUCACAACUCACAAGUUAUUUUUGAUGUUUAAUGUUUUUAGUUUUUGAGUCUAAGGCCAAAGUUUUGACCAAGUACUAGCAUUGGAAUUAUGCUUGUGAGUAGUUAGUCCUACAUUGGUUAGAAAUUGGCUACAUGGAUGAUAUACAUAUAUAAUAGAGAAGGGGCACAUGUAUAUGAUACUUUGUAGUUUUUUUUUAAGAAAGAUGUCUUUGUUUCUUAGAGUAUCAACAAACUUUAGGACAAGUGGUAUGUUUGGCUUGAUGGAGGAAUAUGAUCGAGUAAAUGCAGGUAUAAUGAACGCCGUUGCUCAAGAAUUAAGUAGAAUAGGAUAAAAUGUUAAUUGAAAAAGUUUGCAAAGUGAACAUUGAUUUUGGAUGAUGUUGUAUUGUAACAAUUGUGCAUACUUUCAAAAUAUGAAAGUUAUGUUAUAUAAAAGUCUCUUCAUUUUUGUGAGGUUUUGUAAAA